CCGGCUUCAAUGAAUACAAGAUGAGCCUGAAUAAUUAUUGAUUUUCCAAAGCUUUUUAUCAAUGUAUUUCCUUAAAUUCAACACUUAAAAUGAACCCUCCUAGGAAAUUAUCUAAGUCUGGAGAAUCCUUGUAUCAGUUACUUGGACUUCAAAAGGGCGCGGACCAUGGUGAGAUUAAAAAGGCUUAUAGAAAGCUUGCUUUGAAGUACCAUCCGGACAAAACACAGGGAGAUGAUGAAUCAACAGAAAAAUUUAAGGAGAUCAACCAUGCUCAUCGUGUGUUGACAGACAACACGAGACGAGGCAUCUAUGACCGUUAUGGCUCGCUGGGCUUGUACGCGGCAGAAAUGGUCGGGGAGGAGAAUGUCAAUACAUACUUUGUUCUCACCAGUGGCUGGUGCAAGGGCUUGUUUAUAUGCUGCGGGGUUAUCACCGGUUGCUACUGCUGCUGCUGUUGUUUCUGCUGCUGUUUCAACUUCUGUUGUGGAAAGUACAAGCCCAAGAUGCCGGAUGAGGAUGGGGAUGGGGAUUAUGCCAACCUCCAUGUAAGGACUGCUGAGGAGGAUAGCAGCACACCAGAAGAGGAGGACAACCCUGUGACAUCCCAGCCCACAGGGGAAGGAGUGGCAUCAGGGGCAGCUAUUCCCAUGCCUCCACCCUCCGGAGCAGACGAGAACACCACCCUCACCACAGAAUCCAAACCCUUGUACGGCACCGACCCCGAACCCACUCAAGAUAGGAAAACAGAAAGCUACGCAGAUAGUUAAUGACAGAUUAGCCACCUAGUUUAUGAUUUCUUUAUGCUAAAAUGUGGUUUGGAAUAACGCAGGAAAACAAAGAACUACACAGACCGUGUUGUCGGUAACCUCACUACUUUCUCCGUAACACUUUAUUAACACCGUGGGAAAAUUGACUGACAAAAUCUCCUUUUAAUGAAUAUGCAUGAGGCAGGGGAGACAGCUUUUCUUCCAAUGAAAUUGCAUGUAACAAUUCAAUAUUCUUCAAUAACCCUUUAUUGUCAGUUGUCUCCAUAAUUAAGUGGUCUACAAAGCUUUUAUAAAUUUGUAAUGAUAUGGUGGACAAGGUUCAAUUUCAGCUAGAAUAUUUCUUUAGUGUCUGUGCAUUUAUACACAUGGGUUCAUUGCAUAAUAAAAAAAUGCCUCAUUAAUUAUUCAUGAUUACAAGAUUUUCGUAGCCAAAUUGCCCACGGUACACACGAAAGCAUAACGCAGUAGUAUAUCGGUGGUUUCCGAAGAUGCACAGAUAGUGAAUGACAGAUUAGCCACCUAGUUUAUGAUUUCUAAUGCCAUAUUGUGGUUUGGAAUAAUACCAAAGUCAUCACCUUGGGGUCGGUAUUCAUAAAAUAUCUACAGUCAUUUUCUAACUUACUUCACUUUUUAACCUACUUCACUUUCCAAAUUAGGUAUGUCACUGGUCAUAUGGUAUAAUAACUCCAUCAUUUCUGAAGUACUGUAUUUUCAUCUAUUUUAUGGAAAAUCCAUACAUUUAUGUAAAAAACACUUAAACUAACUUUACUUUUAAUUUGAAUAUGAACAUUCUAGAAAAUUGACUUACUGGAAACAAAGAAGGGACAAAGGAUGUUUCUAAUUGAACCUGGUUACCUGUUUAGCAGCCAUAGGGCUGUAUACAAUAGCCAACUCAUAUCUAACUUAAUUUUAAGAUCUGAGCGUUUUAUAAGAAUAAGAAUAAGAUUGUAUUCUACCCAUGUUAUUUUAUUUUAAGGAUUAUUUAUAUUUGCAUGAAUAAAUUGGGACAUUAUUUCAAACCAGGCUGCGUGCAGUAUCGUGUUUCUGUAGUGUUUAGUUGUGGCGGACCAAUUUUAUCCAUAAAGCUCACAACCAUUGUAACAUUGCUUUAAUGUGAACGGGUUAUAUAUAUAUAACAUAUAUUAUUAAAGUACUGUUUAUUAGCCUUUUGCAAGUGUGUUUAAACCUGCAGUUUUGUUAUGUCCAUAUUUGUAACAAUAUAAUCUGACUUUUUCUACAUAAGCUGACUUUUUCUUCAUAGCCUGACUGUUCAACAUAACCUGAGUUUUUCUACAUAACCUGACUAUUUCUUAAAUUUGAUAGGAGAUUUUUUAGACUUUUAUGUUGAUCAAAUUUAUUCAUAUGUGUUUUAUCACUCAAAUUUAUAUAUUGUGUAAUUAGAUUACCUUCACUAUAUCUCCAUGUAUUGUACCUGUGUAGCACAUGAAACUUAAGGCAUUUUAUUUUACAUAAAUUAGGCUGAGAUGGAUGCUAAUACACAUCGUCAUACAGCAAAUUGUAAAGCUGCACUCCCACAGAUUUACCAUUUUGUUAGCUUUUUAUUCUUUGUCUUGGAAUGAGGAAUUUUUUUAUGGCUAAAGGUUACUAACGGUUUAAGAAAAAUGCAUAAAACAUCAAUUUUUGAACUUAAAUAUGAAAAUCUGUGAUCUGAUUUUUUGUCAGCAUUCUUAUAUAACUGGUUUCCAUGCAUAUUCGCAUUAAUUGGCCCGUUCCAUGACAAAUAAUAAAAAAAGUUGUCAAAACUUUCAAUCUAUGAGAGUGCAGCUUUAAGGUUGUUAUUUUGAUUAUGCGCAUUCACAUGGGGUGCACUUUUGUUCAAUGUGUAACCAACAUUUAUUUAUAAGUGACUAUUCACUGUCAUUUUUUGUUAACCUGUGUUUGUUGAUAAAGUUGCAAAAUGUCAUUCACAUACUUUAAAACAGUUCAAUCCUUUGUGCUUGCAUAUACAGUCAAACCCCAUUGGCUAGAACUCCCAGGGACAAGCCUCAAGCCUCAGAAAAUUUGAGCCAAGUGGGAAUGCUUACAUUAGUAUAAAGAAUUCAGUCCUUUACAUUCAUUUCAAGCCAACAAGAAAGCUGUGCCAAGCGAGUUCGAGCCAAUCAGGUUUGACUGUUAAUUCUUAAAUUGAACUCAAGCUCAUUUUAUAUCCAAAUUCUAAGAAUAUAAAGGGGAUCUGUAUUCUUACACAAUUCAUAAGGAUUAUAGCAAGUCAAUUCCUUAGUGCUACAUGUGUAUCCACCCAUUUCAUAACAAGGGAUAAACCCAUGCUAAAAAGGGAGUACCAUACCUCAGAGUUUAUGAAUAUUUAUGUUUAUAACUAUUCAAAGGAAUUUGACUCCUUGUUUGACAAUUUUAUGACAAAAACAAUGAUUUCUGACAAAACAGGGUCACUUGUACUGUCUUUAAAGAUUUAUUUUAUGGAAAGUAAUAGCUACCAGUUGUUUUUUCCGAAAUCAUUGAUUUUUCUGCAAUCGUUUUUUUUGUUAUCAAACAAAAAGUCAAAUUUCUGUGGAAUAAAUAACAGUGAAUCAAGAGGUUUUCAUGAAAUUUCAUAUACAGCUUCGUGGUAGUCUAAUUCUCCUGAAAUUACAUAUACAGCCUCGUGGUAGUUUUAUUCUCAUGAAAUCACAUAUACAGCUUCAUGAUUUUCUGUUAACCAAUGUGUAUGGCGAAAUGUGCUCUCCGCUCUUAACUCUGUAUUUUAGUGAUAAAGUGAUUGGCAGACUUACAUUAUCUGUCUUUAUUUUCAUUUAUAAUGUCACCUGUGUAUUUUUGUGAUUAAGUGAUUAGCAGACUUGAAUUAUCUGUCUUUAUUCUCGUUGUUGAUGUGUCUGUGUGAUGUGCAAUACAGGGUUGUGGUGUAUUGUAGGAUAAUAAAAAUGAAUUGCUUUACAUGUUUUACUCUGGGAUGAAUUUCAUAUAAGGUUCUUAAUCCGAUUCGGAACUUCAAUUAUUCUGCAAUCUGUUAAAGUGACACUCUUAAUAAAAAUCAAUACAUACACAUGUAUAACCAACAUAAAUUUUGAGUGAUAAACCUUUAACCUCUUACAAAAUAAUGCAUUUAUUGAAAAUAUUAAUCACUAACUGUUUAAGAAAAAUGUAUAAAACAUCAUUUUUAUGCCCCCACAAAGUGGCGGCAUAUAGGGUUGCCCUUGUCCGUACGUACGUACGUACGUCCCGAAGAUUGUUUCCGAUCUAAUUCUUGAAAACCGUUUGUCCAAUCCUCACCAAACUUUAAACACAUGUUUGUGACCAUAAUAUCUUGAUCAAGUUCGAUAGUCAUGGAAAUCGCUUUAGUCAUUUAGGAGUUACGGCCCUUUUUUGCCAAAAAUACUUCAAAAAUAUAUGUUUCCAAUCUAAUUCUUGAAAAGUAUGUGUCCAAUCCUCACCAAACUUUACAUACAUGAUUGUGACCAUAAUAUCUUGAUCAAGUUCGAUAGCCAUGGAAAUCGCUUUUGUCAUUUAGGAGUUACGGCCCUUUAUUUGCAAAAAAAGACUUGAAAAAUACGUCCCGAAGAUUGUUUCCGAUCUAAUUCUUGAAAACUGUUUGUCCAAUCCUCACCAAACUUUAAACACAUGUUUGUGACCAUAAUAUCUUGAUCAAGUUCGAUAGUCAUGGAAAUCGCUUUAGUCAUUUAGGAGUUACGGCCCUUUUUUGCCAAAAAUACUUCAAAAAUCAUUAUGGCUUAUUUUCUGUGACAAAAAACCGAAGUGGGGGCAUCCGUGUCCUAUGGACACAUUUCUAGUUUUAACUUAAAUAUGAAAAUCAGCUAUCUGAUUUUUUGUCAGUAGUCUUAUAGCAAUGGCUGUCAUGCAUUUUCACAUAAAUUGGCUAAUUCCAAACAAAGAAUAAAAAAGUUGUCAAAACGUACAAUCUGUGAGAGUGCAGCUUUAAGCCAGUAUUGUAAUCGAUAAUGCACUUGAGCAAACAUUACCAAACAUAUUCAUCGUAAUGUGAAAUUAUCUUAGUAAGUUGCUAAGAAUUUGUAAGAAUUGAAUUUAAAGCAGUAUUUUUAUUGAUAACACACUAGAGAAAACACUUAAAUAUUUUCAUCAUAAAGUGAAAUUUUCUAAUUUUUAUAUUUUUGUUACUUGCUAUAUAUUUACAACAACUGAAUUUAUGCCAGUAUACAUAUUUGUGGCGUAAAAAUUAAGAUCCUUUUAUGAAAUGCCUCCCUGGUAUUUUUAGCUAAAUGAACAAAAUUAUUUGAAAUACUUUUUUUUCUUUUUUUUAUGUAUAUUUUUGAGCAUUUAAGUUGUUGUUUAACACAUACAUCUGCAUGAAGUUCUCAUGUGUUUGUUUUGAGAACAGUGCUUACAAUUAUUCACGUUUUCAUCGUCUUUAUGAUUUGUUUCAUACUGUUAAAAUUAUAUGUAAAAUAAAACAAAGAAAAUA